CAUCUAUUGUUAUCAACUUGUAAUUUAUUGUAACCACUGCUAGACUAUGCCAAGAGUAUCUUGCCUGUGACAUUAUUCUUUCUUUCAGGAGUUCUUUUCCACAGUCAAAGUGUUUAUAUGUUUUGUGCCUUCAGGUACUGAAUGGAUCGGCGUGUCCAAACGGUCCUGGGGAGCCUGCAUCACUGAGCUAUGUACUGCUGUUGGACUGGCCAUCCUCGGUGGCAUGAUCUACUUCAUCAGAGACUGGAGACUGGCUCAACUGGUCAUAGCUGCUCCGUUUGCUGUGAUCACUUUUUACAUAUGGUUUAUUCCAGAGUCAGCCAGAUGGUUGUUGGACAGGGGACGGACAGACGAGGCUAAAGAGCUGAUCAUCAAAGCGGCAGCCAUUAACAAACGCAAAGUUUCAAACGCUCUCCUGGAAAAGAUUACUAUCAAAGAAAAUGUGCAAAAGGGAGGCAUAAUAUGUCUUAUUAAAUCUCCUGUGCUGAGGAAGUAUUUCCUUACCAUUAUUUUGGCAUGGUUCUCCGUGAAUGUUACCUACUUCUGCCUUUCGCUGAAUGUGGGAAACUUUGGCUUGGACAUCUUCCUGACUCAGGCCUUGUUUGGCCUCUCUGAAGUACCGGCUCACAUUGUUUGCAUUUGGCUCCUGGAGGCGGUUGGAAGAAAAGCGUCACUGAUCACCACACUUAUGAUUGGAGGAUUUCUGUGCCUCUUGAUCCUCGCCGUACCUCAAAGUAAUGCCAUUGCUGUCACUGCGUUAGCCAUUGGCGGACGUUUUCUGACCAACUGGGCCGGAUCUAUAUGCAUCUUGUAUGUUCAGGAGCUGUUCCCGACGUCUUUUCGACAAACUGCCUCGGGUUUGGGCUCCAUCGGCAGCAAAGUCGGAGGAUUGCUUUCCCCGCUGCUCAACAUGCUGGCCGUGUACCACUGGUCCAUCCCUAUCGUGGUCUACAGCAGCCUCCCCAUCCUCAGCGGAGCCCUCUGCUUCCAGCUUCCCGAAACCAGAAGAACAGAACUCCCCGACCUGACCCACCAAUCUGAAGGCAACUGGACGAAGAACAAGUCGAAUCACCAACAAGACUCAAAUGAAGAUUUACAAAUCAAAUCAACCAAGUUGUAAUCUGUACUGUUUAGUUUUUUUUUGUGCACUUAGUGGUUUCAUUGGAACUCAAGGG